AGUCCGGAGCUUCUAACUGGAAACCUUCCACACCCUCUUCAAGGGAUUUACAGCAUCGCCAACAGUCACAAUGAAAGUUCUAAUCUCUUCCCUCCUUCUGUUGCUGCCACUAAUGCUGAUGUCCGUGGUCUCUAGCAACCCAAAUUCAGGGGUCGCCAGAGGCCAUAGGGACAAACGCCAGGGUUCUGGGAGGUGGCUCCAGGAAGGCGGCCAAGAAUGUGAGUGCAAAGACUGGUUCCUGAGAGCUCCUAAGAGAAAACUCAUGGCAGUGCCCAGGCUGCCAAAGAAGCGAUGUCCCUGUGAUCAUUUCAAGGGCAAUGUGAAGAAAACCAGGCACCGAAGGCACCACAGGAAGCCAAACAAGCACUUCAGAGCCUGCCAGCAAUUUAUCAAACGCUGUCAGCUAGCAAGCUUUGCCCUGCCUCUAUAGGACCUCUGACAGCCCACUCUCCCAAUGAAACAUUCUUAGUCAGGAAGGUAGUCAGCACACCUGGAGAAUACUCUUCUCCCAUCUCAAGCUCCCUCUCCCUGUCCCCACUCCCUAACUCAUUCCAGUGUUCUCAAAAAGUGCUUUUCCCAAGAUUAUUUUGAUUAUUGCUCCCUCUAGUGCUUUCUCUUAUCAGUCUUUUCCUGUGCCCUCUCAUUACCCAGGCUUAAUUUAGCUUAAUUACCUGAAAGAAACCAGGAAAUCUCAGUUUCGUAUCUGGUUCCACCUGA